GACAAAUCAACGGUGCAGUUUGAAUUGAACAAUGUAGAACCUUCUGGUUUCGUCGUCCGAAGCACCUUUUUUAUACUCUGCUUUCCAAUCAGAUUGAAUCUUCAUUUGCACAGAUCAGUAAUGGAAAUGCAGAAAUGUUAUCCAACUGUUAGCAACGAUUACCAAAAGGGUGUUGAUAAAUGCAAGAGAAAGCUCCGAGGACUGAUCGCAGAGAAGCACUGUGCUCCUAUCAUCCUGCGACUUGCAUGGCAUUCUGCUGGGACCUAUGAUGUGAAAACAAAGUCAGGAGGUCCAUUUGGCACGAUCAAGCAUCCAUCUGAGCUUGCUCAUGAAGCAAAUAAUGGUCUGGAUAUUGCAAUUAGGUUGCUUGAUCCAAUCAAGGAACAGUUUCCAAUCUUAACUUAUGCAGAUUUCUAUCAGUUGGCAGGAGUUGUUGCUGUAGAAGUCACUGGAGGUCCAGAUAUUCCUUUUCAUCCUGGAAGACCUGACUUAUCUGAACCACCUCCAGAAGGCAGAUUACCUGAUGCCAAAAAAGGAGUUAACCAUUUAAGGGAGGUAUUUGGUCAUAUGGGACUUAGUGAUAGAGAUAUUGUUGCCUUAUCUGGUGGUCACACUCUGGGAAGGUGUCACAAAGAAAGAUCGGGAUUUGAAGGAGCUUGGACUAGAAAUCCUCUUAUCUUCGACAACUCGUAUUUCAAAGAACUAAUUAGUGGUGAGAAAGAAGGUUUAAUCCAGUUGCCAUCUGACAAAGCUCUUUUGGAGGAUCCAGUUUUUCGGCCUUUUGUUGAGAAAUAUGCUGAAGAUGAAGAUGCUUUUUUUACAGAUUAUGCUGAAGCUCAUUUAAAACUCUCUGAACUUGGAUUUGCGGAAGGUCAAUAAAAAAGCAAGAGAACUCGAGUUCGUGGAAUGUCAAUUGUUGCUAUGUUUCCUUUUAAGUUGAGUAAUAUGUCCAUUUCAUAAGCAGUGUUAUCAUAUUCUACAUAAGUAAGCUUUCCUUUUGUAUCUUUCAAUAAUAAACCAAAGUUGAGUGU